UUAAUCGGAUAGCAAAUUUUGGUCCUGAAUGUUUUACAAUGGCAGACCGCAGGACAUUUAAUGUGGUCGUUCUUGGAAUAGGAUUUCUUUUUAUUUUUACCGCCUUUACAACACUUGGGAACAUCGAACAAACUGUGCUGAAGAGCAUUCAAAAUGACACAUUUGCUGGAAGUGGCUACCACAGUUUGGGUAUAAUUUAUGGAGUGUUUUCAUUCUCCAAUUUGCUGGCACCUACAGUUGUGGCCAUUACCGGACCUCAGCUGACCAUGUUUUUAAGUGGUAUACUCUACAGCGGUUACAUAGCAGUGUUCAUCACUCCAUACACAUGGUCCUUGUAUUUUACAUCAGUGCUGAUCGGCAUGGGAGCUGCUAUGCUGUGGACUGCUCAAGGACACUUCUUGGUUGACAACUCAGAUGCCUCAACCAUAAAUAGGAACACAGGAGUGUUCUGGGCACUGUUGCAGUGCAGUAUGAUAUUUGGAAAUUUGUAUGUUUAUUUAGACUGGAGAGGAAAAGAUGAUAUCACAGAUGAGAAUAGAAGGACCAUGUUCAUAUCGCUGCUGGUGGUCUCUGUCAUUGGCACGCUGUGCUUCCUGACCUUAAGGUCUCCCCAGCGUCUUGAGGAGGUCAUCUCUGAGGAGGAGAGUCAGAGCUUGCUGUCCAAACACAUGAUAUACAAACAAAGAGCCAACUCAGCUGUGAAGGAUGCCAAGUCAGAAUUCAGGACAAUUCUGUCUCUCCUUGGCAGUAAAACCAUACUGCUCCUGAGUUGUUGCAUGGCCUACAGCGGUCUGGAGCUUUCCUUUUACAGUGGUGUGUAUGGCACAUGCCUCGGCUCAACCACACACUUUGAAGACCAAGCUAAAGGCCUAAUUGGACUCUCUGGCAUAGUGGUCGGAGUUGGAGAGAUUGUGGGCGGAGGCCUGUUCGGCUUGGUGUGCAAGAACAAUCGUUUCAGACGCACCUCUGUAGUCUUCCUCGGGAUGGUCGUGCACUUUGUGGCGUUUUACCUGAUCUUCCUCAACAUCCCCGACGAUGCUCCAGUGGUUUUCUCAACCACCUCACAGCACCGACCUUAUUUAUCGCCCAGUGUGUCUAUUGCCCUGCUGUGUAGCUUUCUACUGGGCUUGGGAGACAGCUGUUUCAACACUCAGCUGUACAGCAUCCUUGGACGUGUGUAUGCAGAGCAAAGUGCCCCUGCUUUUGCCAUCUUUAAGUUUAUUCAGUCUAUCUGUGCUGCCGUGGCCUUCUUCUACAGUGGCUACCUCCUGCUGAGCUGGCAGCUGCUGAUCAUGGUGCUGCUGGGCUUCACUGGGACGCUCUGCUUCUUCAUGGUGGAGAGAAUGCAGAACUCUGGGGAGCUGCAGGAAUAACUUAGUAGCAAAACUCAAUCCCAGUGCCCAUCCAGCUUAUUGCCAAAGUAUACAGGACAUGAAGUCAUAGGAGUCUGUGUCACUCUAAAAGAACACUUGCGCUAAUUCAAUAAAGUAGCCUUGUUGUACAUAGCAGAAUUACAUAGCAGUAUAGCUUUUUUGUGAACCACUAAUUAUGUGUCUGGCCAUUUUAGAGGUUUGACUUGCUUGUUUGUUUUUUUUGCUUUUUAUGCCUUUAAUGUGAUAGGAUAGUGGAGAAUGACAGGAAGUGAGUGGGAGAGAGAGUCGGGGUGGGAUCCGGAAAGGACCGGAAAUUGAACCCAGGUCGUGUCGCCGGCGUACAGUGCAGGUGCUCCAGCCAAGCGCGCCAAAGCUGGGGCCUGCUUGUUUGUUUUUCCUUUCUUUCUUUAUUGUUAUGAUAAGAUGAACCUUUCAGAAUAGGUGUUUGUUGGUUCUUUUCUGUUUUUUUGUUUUGUUUGUUUGUUUAUUAUCUUCCUGUCGUGCUUUCGCAUUUCUCUCAGGUGUUUUAUUCAUAUCUUACUAAUAGCUGUAGGCUUGUGCACAAUUUAACUAUGCAUAUUUAUCUUGUUGUGUCACAGUAUAAUUUAAUUUGACUGUAAUUGUUUUGUGUUUUUUAUGCCAGAAGUAUGACUUUAUGCUGCACACAGACAGAUGCACUACAGAAGGUAUUAGGACUGGAAGCCAUAGCUGUCCCUAAGUCAGGUGAUAGAAACAAAGAAACUAUGCACCAAGGGCAUAGUCAUAUCAUGAGUGUCAUUUUAUUUGCAUUUAUUUUAUUUCAUUUUUUUAUUAUUAUUAAUGAGUGUGCCUAUUAAGAGAAGUGUAGUUUCUCAAGAAAUGUCAAACAUCAAAAGAUUUUCCAUACAUUUCUUAAAAAGUAUACUUGACUAUUUUUAACUUUUAUUCUGAUUCAGAGCUGCCCAUUUCUAAAAUGUUUUAAUUAAUUAAUC